CAGGAAGUGAAAAUCAGAGGCGUCUUGGCGUGUUUGAAUUGCGGAAAGUUUGCUACAGAAAUCCUCCAAAAUCUACAAUGACGUGACAGUAAAACACCAUGUAAAUGCUCACCCCAUCUCCGGUUGGUCAGCUGGGAUUCAGAUUCUCUGGAUGCCGUGGCAACAGCCUCCAGCGGGUCAUGGAUGUGAGUGAGGACGAGUGUAACGGUGAUGUGGACCCUACAGAUGAUCUCUCGUCCUUUGAGCUGGUCAACCUGUCCAACCCGGGACUGCUGGAUCUCGGCGAUGACGUUGGUGUACACGUCCAGGAGUCGAAGGAGAAAACCAGACUCAAAACCAAACUGGUUUCAGCGUGGAAUAAUGUGAAAUACGGAGGCUGGUCUUUAAAGACCAAACCUCGUCUGAGUAAGAGCAGUCCUCUGUAUCUGCUGGGUCAGUCCUAUCAGCUCAGCUACAGCGGAGAGCGAGAGAGUUCGAGACAGGCGUUUUCCUCCCUGCUGUGGAUGACCUAUCGGAAGGGUUUCGCACCCCUCGAUGGCUCCGCCCUCACCUCGGAUGCGGGGUGGGGCUGUAUGCUUCGGAGCGCACAGAUGCUGUUAGCUCAGGGAUUGAUGCAACAUGUAAUGCCUGCAGGUUGGACGUGGCCCGCAACACAUCGUUGGACCAAAGAUGAUUUGGAGAUCGUGGAUCCUCGUGUGCUGCAUGAUUCGCACAGGGAGAGUAACCGUGACUCGGGGAAACCUCGCAGACGCAGUUUGGACGUGAUGUUAGACAGCGAGAGCCGUGAUGAGAGAGAUCACAGGAGGCUGGUGACCUGGUUUGGGGAUCUGCCGUCCGCCCCGUUCGGUCUACACCGGCUGGUGGAGUUGGGAAGGGCCUCUGGGAAACGAGCCGGGGACUGGUAUGGCCCGUCCAUCGCGGCUCACAUGCUGCAGAAGGCUGUGAAAGCGUUUGAUGUGUUGAAUCUGGCGGUGUAUGUAGCGCAGGACUGCACAGUGUAUGUUGAAGAUGUGAUGGAUCUGUGCGUGUCGUCUCGUGUGGAUCCGUCAGUGGGCUGCAGGUGGAAAUCUCUCCUUCUUCUGGUGCCUGUGCGUCUCGGUGGAGAUGUGUUGAACCCGGUGUACGUUCAGUGUGUCAAGAGAUUGCUGAUGCUCAGGUGCUGUAUUGGGAUCAUCGGAGGGAAACCCAAGCACUCUUUAUAUUUCAUGGGUUUCCAAAAUGAUCAGCUGAUCUAUCUGGAUCCUCAUUACUGUCAAACUGCUGUCGACAUCAAGCAAGACAACUUCCCUUUAGAGUCGUUUCACUGUAAAACAGUAAGGAAAAUGCCAUUUAAUCGGAUGGACCCCAGCUGUACUCUGGGCUUCUACGCAAGGAGCAGAGAAGAUUUCCACAAGCUGUGCUCGGAAGUCAAAAUGGCUCUGACAUCAUCAUCAGCGGAGAAGUAUCCCAUCUUCACAUUCAUGGACGGUCAUGCUGAGGUGGAGAGGGAGUAUACCUCUGAUUCAAUCUCUCACGUAAAGACCAAAGACAAAAUGAGGCGCAAACAAAAGAAAUGCACCACAGAGGAGUUUGUACUCUUGUGAUACAGACUUUAUUAAUUUACAGACGUCUAUGUGUCCGUGUCCGACUUCUGUGGGUUUAUUGCUCAUAACACACAUUUAGUUUACUGGUUAUCUUUAUUCUCUUCAUCAGAGUGUUUGAAGUAUAUUUUCAGCUGCUGCUCUUGUUUAUUUUUGUAAGUUGUGUGUAAACUGUGUGUGUUGAGCAGGCGGUUAAGCAGAUUAGUGUGGAAGUGUUUAGCGUGGUGAUAAUGGCAGAUGGGCUUCUUAGGGAUGGGAUGUCUAGUGUUUACAAAUGAAAACAUUUGAGAUCAAGCCUGGGAUUUCUGUUUAUGUAUUUUGUGUGUGUUUUUAAUUAAAACGUUUCAGUGAGAUGAA